AUGGAAACCAAAGGUGCGAGUAUCAACCUGCCAGUUUCAUCGUUAAUUCCACUGGUACGACAGCAGUUCAAAACUACAGGACACCACAGUCCACAGGGAUUACCGUACCUGACGCCAGAUCAGCCUCCAACAGUGCGCUGCGGAUACUUUGUUUUCACCGAAGGGCUAAACGCCAUUUUGAAUCCUACCCAAAUGCAAGAUCAAGAACAUGGUGACAAAAUGGUCGUCAAUUCUGAGAUCAUCGGUGUCACCAUCAACAGUGGUGACAUUGGAGUUAUUCUUCCUCGUUCAAGUCCGCUUACCAUUAAAUUAUGGCACAAAAAUCGCAAAAAUGUUAAGAACCCCAAGUGUGUCUUUUGGAACACUCAAACCAAUCAAUGGGAUCCAACAGGCUGCUACCUGUUAAACUUCACCGACGAAUACACUACCUGUGGUUGUACGCAUCUGACCAGUUUUGCCGUCCUCAUGGAUGUGACAGGGGUUCUUUCUUCGUUGAGUAUCGAUGAUAGAAACGACCUGACUUACGUUACGAUAGCAGCUGUGUGCAUAUCAGUCACGUGUCUGAUCCUUUGCCUUGUCGUAUUCACGUGUUUCCGGAGUCUGCGUAGUGCACGCAUUACCAUACAUCGAAAUCUAUGUCUCUGUUUGUUGUUUGGAGAGCUGCUGUUUUUGGCUGGAAUAAACCAGACGAAAAGCAAGGUAGGGUGCGCCAUGGUCGCCGUAUUGCUACAGUAUACGUUCACUGCGGCAUUCAUGUGGAUGCUGAUCGAAGGCUACCAGCUGUACUUGAUGCUCGUGACCGUCUUCGAAACGGAAACGUCUCGAGGUCUCUGCCCAUUUCGAUUGACCAGUGGCAAUAGGAACCGCCAGGACGGCGAGGUUUUGACCGUGGAAGAAACGGGCGUCCAGCAUAUGGCAUGCCAGCGACAGCGCCAUCUCGUGGACUUUAUGGCAGAAUUCCAACGGUGGUGGAUGUGA